GGAAGUAGGUACGUGGCUGCUACAGCUGACAUUCUGCAUGAUGGCGACUGAGGUUCGGAGCGGCGACCUCAACAGCGGUAAUUCCAGCCGGCUCGAGGUGUCCAUAGACGGCCUCACUCUCAGCCCAGAUCCCGAGGGUGAACAGGAACCUGUCAAGCCACUGGAGCCGUCGCUGGAAGGCCGGACAAACGGGAACCACGGAGCCGGCGAUGGCGAGGAUGAGGAUGGGGAGGAGGAGGAGGGCGAGGACGCCAGGAGCUCGAUUGAAGAGAGAUGGGGAUUCUCCCUGGUCGAGCUCUAUGGACUGGCGCUGAAAUUUUUCAAAGAGAAGGAUGGUAAGGCGUUCCACCCCACAUAUGAGGAGAAGUUGCGUCUGGUGGCUCUUCAUCGCCAGGUGUUACAUGGCCCGUACAACCCUGACGCCUCCCCUGAAGUCGGCUUCUUCGACGUACUGGGAAACGACCGCAGGCGUGAAUGGGCAGCGCUGGGCGGUAUGGAGAAGGAGGAGGCCAUGUUGGAGUUUGUGCGCCUGCUGAAUAAGUGUUGUCACCUGUUCGCUCCCUUCGUCACGUCACACAGCAUAGAACGAGAGGAGCAGGAGAGGAAGAGGCGUGAGGAGGAGGAGCGUGCACGUAGAGAAGAGGAAGAGAGGGAGCGCGCUCGAGAGGAAGAGGAGAGGAGGAGGAGGGAGGAGGAGGAGCGACUGCGCAGAGAGGAGGAGGAGAGGAGGCAAGCAGAGGAGGAGAGGCUGCGCGUGGAGCAGCAGAAGCAGCAGAUCAUGGCUGCGUUGAAUGCCCAGACGGCGGUGCAGUUCCAGCAGUACGCAGCUCAGCAGUAUCCCGACAGCCCUGAACAACAACACACACUCAUACGCCAGCUACAGGAGCAGCACUACCAACAAUACAUGCAGCAGCUAUACCAGGUCCAACUGGCACAGCAACAGGCGGCGUUGGCUCGUCAGCAGCAGCCUGUUCAAGAGGAAGCAGUGGCAGAGACCAGUGAUGAGGCAGCGUUGGCUCGGCAGCAGCAGGCUCUGCAAGAGGAGGCGGUGGUGGCUGCCGUGCUGGAGUCCAGUGAAGCCUCCGUCAGCUCAGCAUCGCCCCCCGAAGGAGAGGAGACCCCCACGCUCAACGGACAGUCAAACACACACUCGCACACACACUCGCACACACACAGCACCUGCGACAGCCUGGACAAAGAGCCCGAGCUGGAGGCUGCAGACGAGGUCACGGAGAACGGACCCACAGGUGAAAGCUUGUGUGAGAAUGGACCCACAGCGGACUCCCCAGCAGUGAUUGCCGCCCCCUCCAUGUGGACGCGUCCUCAGAUCAAAGACUUCAAGGAGAAGAUAAGAGCUGACGUGGACAGUGUCAUCAGUGUGGGCCGAGGGGAGGUGGUGACGGUGCGUGUUCCCACCCAUGAAGAUGGCUCGUAUCUCUUCUGGGAGUUUGCUACGGACCACUAUGAUCUGGGCUUCGGGCUCUUCUUCGAGUGGAGCGACGCAGCAAACGCAUCCGUCAGCGUCCACGUCAGCGAGUCCAGCGACGAAGACGAGGAUGAGGAUGGUGAGGGUGUGAGUGAGGAGGAGAGGGCUCGUAAGGACGCCUCUAAGCCCCAGGUGGAUGAGAUUGUGCCGGUGUACCGCCGCGACUGCCACGAAGAGGUGUACGCGGGGAGCCACCAGUACCCCGGCAGGGGCAUCUACCUGCUCAAGUUCGACAACUCCUACUCUCUAUGGAGGUCCAAGAGUGUCUACUACCGGGUCUACUACACCAGAUAAACACACACAGACACUCACUCACACAGACUAUGGGUCGCCCACCUGCGCGUGCGUGUGUGUGUGUGUGUGUGUGUGUGUGUGUG